AUGAGGUUGUCUCACCCAGCCGCGUGGCUUGCCUUGGGAUUCGUAUGCGGUGUUCCGUCAACAGGAAGCGAAGUGGACAUUGGCAACGAAAAUGCGGACAAGAACAUUGCCGCCGAUGGGGUGCUCGAAGAAAACACGAUCUUAGCAUCAAUACCCAUAGACUCGCUUGUAGAGUUGCACGAGGUGACGAUCACUGUUGAAGAAACUCGAGAAGAACCAAGCCCUCGCCAUGAACAGGAGGGGAAGAAUCUGCUGAAACGUAUGAGCAAGUUCCACGGUAAAUGGGACACGAACCAUCCACGCCAUCGACUGUUAGAAGCUCUUUUUGGCUUCGGCCGGUAUAAGGAACGACAUAUGGCCGAGAUUGGUCGAUGGAAGGGUUUUUACAAGCAUGUAUCCAAGGCUCAGAAAGCAGUCCUUGAGAAGACCAUUGGAUACUCGCGUAAGUUCGAAAUUGCGGAGCAGCUUCUUGACCUCAACCAGGGGCUGUGCAACGAGAUUGUUGAGACGGCGCUCAAGUUCUACGGCGUCACGCAGAAAGAGCUCGCGGACCACAGCAAAGCCAAGGACGAUGCAGGUCAGCCAGCUGACCGGGUCAGUGCAUCACAAGCGCUAAAGCACUUUGUCCGAGAUUGGUCCACAGCAGGUACCGGUGAGCGCGGAGACGCGUUCCCGUGUAUCCUCAAUGAGCUAACGGCCUUGUUCCCUGACCGGUCCUCCCGGAAUAUCAAGGCCCUCUUCCCGGGCUCGGGAGUGGGGCGACUCGGCCACGAGGUUGCGGCUCUGGGCGGGUUCGAAGUCACUGUCAACGAGUGGUCAAUGUUCAUGAACCUCGCAUACCGUUUCCUAGAAGCGCAUCCACGACCGGGAAGCAGAGCCCUCCACCCGUUCGUCGAUAGUUGGUCUCACCACGCAACAUCGGCCGAUCUGUUUCGUGGCGUCUCGUUUCCCGACCAGACGGUCAAUGCCAGCUCUGUCCUAUUGGUCGAGGGCGACUUCACGACGGCCUUCAAGGCGGAGAAAGGGCGGUAUGACGUCGUCGUCACCCACUUCUUCAUCGACACUGCUCGCAACAUCAUGAGCUACUUCGAUGCCAUCCACGCUUCACUCAAGCCAGGGGGGUACUGGAUCAAUUUCGGCCCCCUUCUCUGGGGGACGGGACCUUUUGUCCAGCUCUCUCUGGACGAGGUUGUCGCUGUCACGAAGAGCAUGGGGUUCGAGUACGUGGAUAUCAGCGAGAAAUGCGGUGUGGUGACACUGCUGGGAGAGAAGGUUCGCGGAAAACAGGCCGUGUACGGGUUCAACGAGAAGGCUCUCACUAAGAACGCAUACUUGGCUCAGGCUUGGGUGGCCAGAAAAGUCAAAUGA